GUUGGACCAAAAAAGCUGAAAUCUCAAACGCUGGGGAGGGCAGCGUUUAGACUUGGCGGUUCCGUUUUUUUCCCUUCCUGCCCUAUGAUUUCACGCCUCUUCGUAUAUACAUCGCCUCCUUCCUUUGCUUCUUCCGUCGGCACCUGCAAAUCCUACGUAGAAGUGUUCUUCGGCCAUCUAGAAACGAGGAGAUGGCUCCCGAACGAAAGAAAAGUGUAGGUGAUACUCAAAGAGGCGAAAGCGAAAGUUCUGUUGAAAAUAAAGGAGGGAGAAUUGUUUGGUCAAAAAACUCACUUCACAUCCUUUGUGAUCUUUGUAUCAAAUAUGUGGAAAAGAGUAAAGGAAAAAAUGGUGGAGUGACUUCUCAAAGGUUGUUAUGGAAAAAGAUUGAAUCUGAAUUUGAAAGAGAGACUAAGUUGCCAUGGGAUAAAACAAAAUUAAAAAAUAAAGUUGAUUGGAUGAGAAAUAGGUGGACCUUAUGGAAACAAUUGAAGGCAAAAGAUACUGGAUUGGGCUGGGAUCAUGUCACGGGAACUAUUGAUGCUUCUAGUGAUUGGUGGGCCUUAAAGAUUAAGGAAAAUUCUAAGUUUGAAUCAUUUCAAGAUGAAGGGAUUGAGCCUGAAGUGGAGUAUAAAAUGGAUCAAAUUUUUUCAUGUUCUGCACAAGGAAAUCUUAAAUACACUCCAGGAAAUAUUACGUCACAAGAAGAUGUGCAACCUGAUAUGGAUGACGUUUAUAUUCCUUCUCCACCUCGUCCUGCUUAUCACGAUACUACUAACAUUGAGGAUACGCAUAAUGUGGGAGGAAGUUCUACAGGCAAUGCAUCGUGGGAUGACUUAUGGAGUGAGUUUAGUCCUACACGUACACCUCCUACUACACUUAAUCGUCAAAAUACACAAGUCCAUAAUGAUGAGAUAAGAAUAGGUAAGAGGCCCAUUGAGGUUGAGUCAUCCCAAAGUAACAAAAGUGCUCGGCCAACUCACACAAAAAAGGGAGGUAUGGCAACAUUUCAAGAAAUGUGCAGUGGUAUGAUGGAAGUAGUUUCAAAAAGGAGUGAAUCAUUCAAUGAAGUCACCGGUUUGAUGAAGGAUAUGAUUAAAGCGAACUCAAAUACUCAUACGUCACAGUAUGGUAUUGGAGAAACUAUGGCAAAACUUAUCUGUUUGGAUGGUCUCUCUACUAUUUCGCCCGAGUUUUUCUUUGCUUGCACAAUGUUUGAAGAUCCACAAUGCCGAACGAUUUUCUUUUCUUUACCGGAUGACAAUAGCAGGGUUGAAUACAUUAGGUUUAUGUACAAGAAGUCGGGGAACUAAACUUCUUAUGCUUCUGUAACUUUAAAUUUCUUUUUCUGAAAGAGUCAACUUUUGUUAUGAAUUCUUAUUUUGCUAUGCUAUUAUUAUGAUUAUUACUGUCAUUAUUAUUA